ACGUGUGAAAACUGGAGGAAAUGGCGCUGGAUGUGUUGCAGUGGGUUGUCAUUGGCUUCCUGUUGAUACUUCCUAUUCUGUACGAGCUGAACAGCACGUUCAAGUAUUAUGCCAAGUUUUUCUUCUACUAUGUCAUUGUCAAUCUUUUGGCUUUCAUGGUUAUUUUCCUGAGUCUUCCACGGGCGAAGGAUGUCACGAAUUAUGGGUGUAGAUCGUCAGCUUCGGCCAUCAAGAGCAUCAGGAAGUUGUUUGGAAUUGAGAUCCGAAAUCCGUGGGAAGAAAAUCUUGAGUCAAAUAAACCAUACAUCCUGGUGUCCAACCAUCAGAGCUCUCUCGACUUCUUUGGUAUGAUGGAGAUAUGGCCAUUACGUUGCACCAGCUUGGCCAAGAAGGAGCUGAUGUACACUGGGCCAUUUGGCCUGGCAGCAUGGCUGUGUGGGACAGUGUUCAUCGACCGUUUGAACCAUGACCGGGCCGUCAGCACGAUAAAGGAAACUGCCGACUUCAUCAACAAGAACAAUGUGAAAGUGUUCAUUUUCCCUGAGGGCACCCGUAACCAUUCAGGCUCCAUUUUACCCUUCAAGAAGGGUGCCUUCUACCUGGCUGUGCAGGCCCAGGUUCCAGUUGUACCAGUUGUCUUCUCCUCCUACUCGGACUUCUACAGCAAACGUGACAAGAGAUUUGAAACGGGUAAAUUCAUCAUCACAUGCCUCCCCCCGGUGAAUACAGUGGGCAGGAAGGACGCGGAUGUUGCGGUGCUCACCGAGGAUGUCAGGCAACAGAUGCUGGACGCCUUCAAUCAAACAUCGUUAGAGUCCCGUCAACCCAGAGUAACCACCACAGUCAAGUAGCAGCUGCAGCAGUCGAUCUUCAAGUCUCAGAUGGAUAAUUGGUUUUAGAAUUCAUUUUACAAAACUGAAACUUUCUUGAUUGGAAGAAUUAGAACAAUUUGUGUGCUUUCAACUUGUCAUUGAGCAUGUUUGUGCUCUCUUUUAUGCUUCAGCUUUUUCUCUGCUGGAUAUGUAUAUGAUGGUUUUAUGACUGGCUCCACUCUUGGAGCAAAUCCAUAUUUACACAUGAUUGAAUGGUGUUAUUUGUGUCGUUGAUCUGACGUGAAAUUGUUUUCUUCAUUAGAUUAUUAAUAUACUAGUCACACUUUGCUAAGGAUCAAAUCAUGGAUUCAACAGAAAACAAUGAUGUGGGGUCAAAUUGGAUUUAAAUAUCUAAGCAUGGAUCCUAGGUUUCAGUGUGUCAUUUCAUCUUGUGGAUCCCAUACCUGCUAUUGACAGGUGUUGUGUACUUGUCAAUGACUCGUUCCAUGAUUUGCGAAAUGGUUGAUUUAUGCCAUGAAAACCAGUUUUAUGGUUACUCAUGUAUCAAGUGCAUAAGGUUAGCUUAAAGUGACUGUUUGCCUAAAGAGGGGUUACCAUGUUAUUAUUUAUCCAGUUUUAAAUGGAUUCAAUUUCAAAUUAUGAAUCUACGUUUAAGUAAAGUUGUGAAUUUUUGUGAUCCUUAGCAAAGUGUGAGUAGUAUAUGUUGAAUGAGAGGGUCGCAAUCAUCACCAGCAAACUGGAUUUGUUGAAAGAGAGGCUGUUAAAUAUAUUGAACAAAGCAUGUUCUGGAAUAUGAAUGCUUUUGUUGAUAUUUUCAUGAAAUAUCAUACUAAGUCUUCACUACAAACUCCCCUAAAAAUCGUGAUCCAGGAUUUAUUUGUGCAGCAUAUAUAUCAUAUCACCGAAAUCAAACAGUGUAAGGCAGGUUUAAACCCGGCCUUUAACAUAGGGUCCAUUCAAGACGGCCUCUGAGGUCAACCCCAAGAAAAUGUGGUCACAGUAUGCUUUGACACUUGGACCAUCCCUAGAAAAUAUGGUGCACAUUGUGCUUUGACACUUGGACCAUCCAAGAUGGUGCACAUUGUGCUUUGACACUUGGACCAUCCCUAGAAAAUAUGGUGCACAUUGUGCUUUGACACUUGGACCAUCCAAGAUGGUGCACAUUGUGCUUUGACACUUGGACCAUCCCUAGAAAAGAUGGUGCACAUUGUGCUUUGACACUUGGACCAUCCCAAGAAAAUAUGGUGCACAUUGUGCUUUGACACUUGGACCAUCCCUAGAAAAGAUGGUGCACAUUGUGCUUUGACACUUGGACCAUCCCUAGAAAAGAUGGUGCACAUUGUGCUUUGACACUUGGACCAUCCCAAGAAAAUAUGGUGCACAUUGUGCUUUGACACUUGGACCAUCC